AUGUCCAUCCCUGAAUCCUGUUCCGUGCUUGUGGUGGGAGGCGGCCCCGCCGGCUCGUACACAGCAUCGGUGCUUGCGCGCGAAGGGGUCGACGUUGUGUUGUUCGAGGCCGACCACUUUCCCCGGUAUCAUAUCGGCGAGUCGAUGCUUGCCUCGAUGCGUCAUUUCCUACGCUUCAUUGAUCUCGAGAAGACCUUUGAUGCCCACGGAUUUCGCAGAAAGGUAAAGUCUCUGUUUCCAAGCUUCGGCAUACAUACAGAGAUUCCCCAAACACUGAACACCGACUUCAUUGCUGCCAAUGGCCCCAACGGCUACUCCUGGAAUGUGAUACGCUCCGAGUCGGACAAGCUGAUGCUCGACCAUGCCGAAACGAGCGGCGCGCGUACCUUCCAAGGGGUCAAGGUUGAGUUCAUCGAGUUUGCCCCUGCCCCAGACUUUCCCCAGGACGAGAGGGUCUGCAACCCAGGGCGGCCAGUCUCGGCAUCAUGGCUGCGCAAGGCCGACGGCACCACAGGCUCCAUCAAGUUCGAUUACAUCGUAGACGCCAGCGGGCGCAACGGCAUCCUCUCGACCCGUUAUCUCAAGAACCGGAAGUUUAACCAGGCGCUCAAGAACGUGGCCAACUGGGGCUAUUGGAAGGGCGCCAAGACGUACGCCCCGGGCACGGAGAUGGAAGGGGCCCCGCUUUUCGAGGCCUUGACAGACCAUAGCGGCUGGUGCUGGGCGAUCCCGCUGCACGACGACACUCUGUCCGUCGGCAUCGUCAUGCGCCAGGACCUGUCCGUCGCCCGCAAGAAGAGCCUGGGCUCGCCCACCAUGGUCGAGUUCUACAAGAACUGCCUGACCAUGUCGCCAGAGAUCCACGCCAGAUUGGCCGAGGCUGAGCUCGUGUCACCCACCAUCAAGGCAGCCUCGGACUGGUCAUAUAGCGCGUCGGCAUACGCUGGCCCCAAUUUCCGCUUGGUAGGCGACGCCGGCUGCUUCAUCGACCCGUAUUUUAGCUCGGGAGUGCACCUUGCCUUGGCCAGCGGUCUGUCGGCAGCCAUGACCAUUCAGGCAUCCCGCCGAGGCGAUUGCAGCGAGUUCGAUGUGGCCAAGUGGCACUCGGCCAAGGUUGCGACGAGCUAUUCGCGCUUCCUCCUAGUCGUCAUGACAGCUUUGCGGCAGAUUCGCAAGGGGGACGAACCGGUGCUGAGCGACUUCGACGAGGACGGGUUUGACCGGGCUUUUAGCUUCUUCAAGCCCAUUAUACAAGGCCUCGCCGACGCCGACGUAAGCGGCAAGCUGACACAAGACCUCGUCUCCAAGUCGGUCGAGUUCUGCUUCAAUGCGUUCAAGGACAUCUCGCCCGAGGCUCGGCAGGCCGUGCUCGAGAAACUUGACCGCGUAAGGGUGGAUCCGGACGCCGAGACCAAGGAGGACCUGGAGAAGCUCAACGCGGACGAGCUGGCAGUGUUGCGCACCAUCCGUGCCCGCCAGAUGCUCCGUGCGGAGGAUUCGCUGAACAUCGACAGCUUCGCUGACGAAGUCAUCGACGGCUUCGUCCCGCGGCUGAUUCGUGGUAAGCUUGGGCUGAGCAAGGUGCACAGCCGCGCGGCCGGCCCGACGUACUCGGAGAGUCUGUUCCGGGCGGGGCUGAAUAACAUGGAUGCGAACAGCGGGUCGAGCUCGACGACCGAGAAGGUAGUCACGGUGUGA